UUGACCGACAGAAUUGGAGAUGCGUUUCGCACGUUCUGGCAUACUAUGACCAGCAAUGACCGACACUCCUCCUACGACUCUCCCCAGCGAACCGGUCGCCAUGUGCCGUUGCAGAAUGGCCGUAACAUCAUGACGGGCGUCGCGACCGCCUCCGACUCUCGAGCCGACAUCCAUAGCCCGUACUUUGACGACUCUGCCGCGCCUUCCACGCAAGGCUCUCCUACCAACGGAAACCGAGUAUACUCCCCAGGCCUUCGAUCGCAAAAUGUGAAUAAGGAUGGUUUUGAGGUCCAGUCGCCCGGUGACGUAGCCAUGCAGUCAUUCGAGAAUGGCCUCCCCCCGCCUCCCCCUGUUGCACACUCCUGGAGGCGCAUAGACGCGUGGGCCGAGGAGAACUACCCAGAGCUGUUUGACCAGCUGUGCGAGGGUGCCACGGUCAACGACCUGAACGACUUGGAGCAUCAAUUGGACUGCUCGCUGCCUCAGGAUGUCCGCGAGUCUCUCAUGAUCCACGAUGGUCAGGAGCGCGGUGGAAUGCCGACGGGUAUCAUUUUCGGCUCGAUGCUGAUGGACUGCGAAGAGAUCCCCCAGGAGUGGGAGACGUGGCGAAAGGUUAACGAGCAGUUUAUGCUGGAUGCCGCCAACAACAAGCCGCCGACCCCAUCCAGCAGCGAGGCGUCGUCCUCCAAGCAGCGACCUUCGUCGUCUUCGUCGUCCAACGGCCCUGGUGAAUGGAGACAGAAUCUCCUGGCCAAGCAGACCUGCAUUCCGCCCAACACCGUCCAGAAGGCAUAUGCUCACGCAGGCUGGAUUCCACUUGUUCGCGACUGGGGUGGCAACAACCUGGCUGUCGAUCUUGCUCCGGGACCCGCUGGCAAAUACGGCCAGAUCAUCCUGUUCGGUCGCGACUACGACACCAAAUAUGUGGUUGCCCGCUCGUGGGCCGCAUUCCUCGCCGUGGUUGCCGACGACCUCAACAGCGGCAAGUGGUUCGUGGAUGAGGAGACUAACGAGCUCAAACUCCGAGAAUUCAAGGACGCGCGAGUUGAGCCCUCUUACUUCAACAUUCUCCGGUGGAGAAUGGACCAGAAGCAUGGUCGCCGGGCGGCGGCAGCCCGACGCCAGUCCCAGGGACCUUCGCAGACUGCCUCCAAGACCAACUCGCCUCUCGGCUCCAGAUCAGCCUCGCCCUACGCGAACCCCGCAGACUCGACGGGCGACGUCCGCGGCCGCUCGAUGCAGCGACUUCGCGAUUCCGCUCCCCUUACUAGUCCCAUGAGGAACGGUCUCGGCAAGCCCCAGGCGCCCCUUCUCAGCCGCGUAACAGAGGAGGCAACGAUU